CUAUCAGUAUCCAUGGUGAUGGAUGUUUCCUGUGAGCGGCUGGCCAACAGAAGAAGCUCCACCUUCUUACAGUGCAGUGGGCAUCAAGAUGACGUGAACUUUACCGAGAGUCAGGGCAGCAUCGUGACGAGAAGAGCUGACGUUCAACAAGAAGUACAGCAGGGUCAACUAUGGAUACUCCACUGCGAGAUUUUUUGAAGGCGCGCAAAUUGCAAGAUGUGAUUCAGAAACUUGAAGAUGAAAAUAUUGAUGAAACUGUCAUUCCAUUAAUGACAGACAGUGACCUGGCAAAGUACAUCCCCAAAGUUGGAGACAGAGUGUCCACUGUGGCGUUCUGCAGACAAGCAGCACUGUCACAAGAAUCACCAUCCAGGAAAGAAUCCAUACUUUCAAGACUACGACAAAGAUUGUCUGGAGGUGAGGGGAUGCCUCCAAAAAAGAGAUCAUCUAAGUUGGAAGGAAAUACAAAUGCCAAACGUAAAGUGAGACGACUGGAGGUUGGUUGGAUGGAUUAUGAUGAGGACGAAGAAAGGUACAAACAGGUGAAGUCUGCAAAUGGUGGAGGAACCAGGCAUCUCUCUGUUGAAAAAGACGAAACAGUGGCAGAUAUCAAAGUUAUGGCUGAAAACAUCUUUUUCCCCAAUGGCUGUUCCAAAAAAAAAAAAAGGCUUUCAAACUAUUCAACUCACAUGGAGAGCUCACAGAUACAUAUUAAUGUGUCUAAUACAGUAGAUGAGCUGUAUAACAAAAGCAAGUUGAAAAUGCUCAGACUUUAUCUGUGCACCAAAAUGAAAACGGGACAACAGCCCCCAGUAGGAGUGGAGGAUGAUCACACAACAAGCCAGCCCUCAGAAGUAGAUCUCACUGACCAGAAUCAAGCUGUUGAGUAUCUGUUGGUGGAAAACAGAAAUUCAGAAUCAACAUACCACCAUUUUAUUAAUGAUGGAGCUUCCACGAGUGGAAAUUUGGAAUUGGACGAGACAUUACCAUGGGAUGGUCUGCUAACUCUGGGCGAAGGCGAAGAUUCCCAUGCAGUUAUUUUUGUCGGUGAAGGCAGGCUGGAUGUAACUGAAGAUGAACCAAACCUUGAAACGGCCAUUCCAGAAAAGGAGGAUGAUGCACCUUCUGAAACAGUGGAUCAGUCACUGUCUCCUCCAGUGCUUGCAGGGGAGGCAGAUGUUUCAGCCCAAGCACUUUCUGAACCACAAUCUUCUCCUGUAACACUGAUUGUAAGAAGAGGUCACUGUCUCACUGACAUGAUCAAUGCCUUCAAGGACCCCAAAAUUGUGGCAUCUGAGGUCUGCAUCAAAAUGCGUUUACCAAAUGGAGAGCUUGAACAGGGGGAAGGAAGUGGUGUCUUGCGAGACUGCCUGACAGAAUUUUGGAUGGAUUUUUAUGAUAGCUGCACACUGGGAGUUGAAGUGAAAGUCCCCUUCAUCAGGCAUGACUUUCAACAGGAAGAAUGGCAGGCUGUAGCCAGAGUGUUUGUAGUAGGGUGGAAACAAGCUGGUUACUUCCCAGUGAAACUUGCGGUACCAUUUCUGGAAGAGGUGCUGUGUGACUCGACGACCAGUAGUUUCAAGGAUUCUCUUUUGCUGUACGUAUCACAUGAGGAAAGAUCUAUCCUUGAGAAGGCUUUGGAGGACUUUAAUUCUGUGGACACAGAUGAAUUACUGGAUGUACUUGAUGCCCAUGAAUGUAAACAAGUCCCUACCGAGGACACUCUGCUUCCUGUUUUGUCACAAAUAGGACACAAAGUAAUUAUUCAGGCCCCAAUGUAUGUCAUUAAGUGCUGGCGUCCUGUUCUUGUUUCUGUAGCUAGUUUACUGCCACCAGAAGGACUGCAUCAUUUCAUUGCACAAAAAAAACCAACUGCAAAAACAGUGAAGGCGCUUCUAAAGUUUCCAGAGGAGAUGACAGCAGCCCAAUCAACAGUUUCGCGUUACCUAAAGAGGUACAUUGGAGAAAUUGAUUGCAAGAACCUUCAGCUUUUCCUGCGGUUCUGUACAGGAUCUGAUGUCUUGGAUAAGGCCAUACUAAUUGUGUUCAUAGAAACCACCAAUUUCCUCCGCAGACCACAGUCCCACACAUGCGGAUGUGUACUAAAGCUGCCCAUUGGUUACUACAGCUAUCCAGAUUUUCGCAGUGAAUUUAACAACAUUCUCACAAGCUCAAUGUGGGUAAUGGAUGUGGUGUAGGUGAUUGAUUACAGUUGUUUAUA